UGUGAAAGUCGGAGCGUUGGCGUCUGGGCCUCGCUCAGGGCGCGUCGCGGGAGCCGGAGACGCUUGUGGGUGCGCGCCGGGCGGGACCCGGCCCCGCUCCUGCUGCUGCCGCGCUCCUGCCCCGCUCCUGCCCCGCCUCGGCCCCCGCUCCCGCCCCGGCCCCUGCCCGCUCCACCGCCCGGUGCCGGCCGACUACGGAGCCCCGCGAGCCUGCACGAGCCGUGAGGGCUGUCGCUGAGGCCCGGCGCCCGUGGACCGGAGCUGUGCGCUCUCUCGGCGCGGGCCCUCCUCGGCCCUUAGGUUCUCCAGUCCGUCAGCUCCCCGGCCUGUCUUCUUCUCGGGCUGGCUCUCCAGGGGCCCCGUCCUGACCCGGAGACUGGAGCUCUCCAGGUGCUGAGCUCGCCCACCUCGGCCUCAGGAACCGGCCCUCCCCGCUGGUCCCGCCCGGAAGGCGAGCGGAUCCGGCUGCUCUCCCUGGAGGAGCCCACGUACCUGCUGCCACGUGGCUGCUGCUGCCCCAUGAAUGUGCCCCAGGAGCCGGUGGCCUUCGAGGACGUGGCCGUGUACUUCUCGAGGGAAGAAUGGGCAUGUCUGGACCCCGGGCAGAAGGCUCUCUACCGCGACGUGAUGCUGGACGCUUUUGGGAGCCUGGCCCUGCUGGGGUUUUGUGGCCCCAGACCAGACCUUGUCUCCCGACUGGAGCAGUGGGAUGAGCCGUGGGUCGAGGACUGGGAGAGACCUGUGUUCCGGGAGGGGCAGCGGGGCUGCCGCCCAGGUGAGCACCCAGAUGCUCUCAGGAGUGAAAUGAGGCAGAUGUGGGAGCAUGAGCCAAGCUGGGGAGAUGCAGAGCUGUACAGAACCACACACUGUGGGAGGCCCUGGGCCCCUGGCUUGAGAGGAGCCCGUGGCCUGAAAGGGGCCCUGGCGGGGAGCACCGCUGACCAGCAGGGACGCUGCACCCGGCUGAGCUGGGCUCACGGGGGGAUCCACGGGCAGGAACGAGCGAAGGCGGAGUCGGAAUCUGGGGUAGACUUUGUUCUGAACUCCGAUCAUGUGCACUUUCCUGCAGCUGCUUCCGAGAGGCUCGCAGGUGUCCAGUGGCAGGUGCACGGGAAGCAGCCGGAGCACCAGGCGCAGCGCUCGGAGGGGCCCAGCGGGAAGAAGCCCUUCAGGUGUUCCGAGUGCGGCCAGGCCUUCCGGUGGGUUUCAAACCUCCUGCGGCACCAGAGAAACCACACCAGCGAGAAGCCCUUCAGCUGCGCCGUGUGCGGACAGGCCUUCAGCCUGAAGGACCGCCUCGUGCAGCACCAGAAGGUCCACACGGGGCACAGACCCUACGGCUGCGGCGACUGUGGCAAGGCCUUCCAGCAGAAGUCCAACCUCCUGCGGCACCAGCUGGUGCACACGGGCGAGCGGCCGUUCUUCUGUCCCGAGUGCGGCAAGGCCUUCCGGACCAAGGAGAACCUCAGCCACCACCGGCGCCUCCACAGUGGGGAGAAGCCCUACACGUGCCCCGACUGCGGCAAGGCCUUCCGCUGGGCCAAGGGCUUCAGCAUCCACCGGCGGCUGCACCUCACCAAGAGGGCCUACGAGUGCGAGCGCUGUGGGAAGGGCUUCCGCCACCUGGGCUUCUUCACACGGCACCAGAGGACCCACAGCCGGGGGGGCGUGUAGGGCGCCCGGGCAGCAGCAGGCACCACCCCCUCCUCCAGCGUCGCCUGGAAAGAGGUCUCUGCAGCCCCACACCACCGGGAAGCAGCCGAGCUGUGCAGAUCUCCCAGUACAACCCCCCGGGGGAGAAGUGGAUGUGGGUAGUGCUCGGGGAGGGGGGCACUGGCAGCGCCUGUGGUCCCCAAUGUGCCCGGAAAGGUGCCACCGCUGUGCUCCUGGGCGGGUGCAGGCCCAGAGCCGUCCUGGGUCCUGGGGUGCAGAGAAGCCGUGUGAGCUCAACUCCACCCUUGCCCCCAGGAGCUCUGCCUGGCCCCAGCGUCCUCUUGGCCUCACCUCCCCCCUUCCCGGUUCCUCCCCAGAUACCCUGUGUCAUUCAGCCUGCAUCUUCCUCAUGUGGCGCAGGCAGUAGAAGGCUUUGCCCAGAGAGGCAAGUCCCUUGUAGCCCCACCUGGGGGCUUAGGAACGAACACCUUUUAAUCCUCAGGCUUUACCCAGGAAGACAGUGGUUCUGAGCUGGGGGGUUCCAGAAGGGCCUUUGUCGGCUGUCACUUAGAGCCCGAGCUGCACCUGAGAAGAGGGGGCAGGUUUCCUGCAUGCAGAGAGACUUCUGUUGGGACCAUGUGUCCCCACAAUUCCCAGAGCCGCCACUGCUCAACUUUGGAAGCUGAAUGAGCUCUCAGAGUAGAUCUUUGGUAAAAGAGCACCGCGCCUUCCUUUAUUUCUUUGUGUUUAUUAAUACAAGGAGCUCACGAAAGCUUUUCACCGGUGAUGUGUGGUUGGACGCCAGCACAUCAUGGAUGACAUCCUGGGGGCCUGACGGCCCUCUGCGCCCCGGGCCCGGCUGCCUCGGGAGGAGCAGGUGCCGUGCCUGGGGUUUCGGGGCUCACGCCCUCAGGCCACGUUCCGCACGGGGCUGUCUGGGCAGCUGUUGGCCCACGAGGUCUGGGUGCAGCCCAGCAGCCCGGGGGUCCUCGCCAGCCCUGAGUCUCUGCCUGGACACGGGUGGGAGAUCUGGGGCUGCCCCUGUGCCCACGGGAACCCCCUCCUCGGAGGUGGGAGUGGGGGGCAGGCGCCUUCAGGUAGGAAGUCAGUGGCGGGUCUUCGGGCAGUGAGGGUCGGCCGUGUUUCCUCCACGCGACUCUUGUGUUCUAAACUCAGGUGUCCGGAAGUCGGGUCUGUCGGGGCAUUGGCGAGGGCACAGCUCCUCACCCCAAGGAGAAGGACUCGGGCGCUUGCCCUCCCUCUCCUGUAAGAGCUGCGGUUCCGGUUACCCAAACAUUCGAGGGAGGGAAACUUAACUUUUGUUUUAUGUUGAAGAAUUCCAGCAAGCAAAUGCUGAUGGAACGAUAGAAGUAGAAAUGAAUUUACAGGAAAUAAGAGGGUAGAAGAGCAGGUUCAAACACUGAGAGGGAGCACGGGCCAAGUCCAGACUGGGGGAUGCUGUCCCACAGGUGACCUCCGUCCAGGUCAGGCUCAGAGAGGAGGGGCCGGGGCCUGAGAGCCGGGGUGGGGGGCUCCAACCCCGCGUGGAACAGGCCGGCACGGACGGGCGUUUUGAGACAAUCAUGGAAAUCUGAACUUGGUAUUGGGUGGGAUUAAGGAAUUAGUCAUUUUGUUGUGAUGACACGGUCCUUAUUAAAGAUGUGUUCUGACAUAUUUUUAGGUGAAAUGACGUGGCGUCUGGGAUUUGCUUAAAUAUUAAAGCAGUACUGGCAAAGUGCCAACAGUCAUUG